AUGGGAGCUGAGCCGCAGAAUCUCGGCAGCGUGGGAACAAACGGGAGUCCCUGGAUAGAACCCUUCUCCUUCCCGACGGAGCCCAUACGUACCCCGUUACCCCCUCCUCCUAUCCCGGUUGUGCCAACCUCCUCCCUAUACCCUCUGAAGGAGAUUCGAGAUCCAAAACCUGACAAGCCACCGGUUCUUCCGGCUGAUCAGGACUUUCUGCUCUUUGACUCUCCCCCACCCUAUCUUCCCGGCCAGCCUGCUCCCCCGCAGGAACCCCCACAACAACCAGAGCGGGAUGUGCAACCUUCUGCACCACCCCUUGAUUCCACGAGGGCAGGAGAAGAAGUCUCAGCGCCUUCCCCGCCCUCCAGCCGCCUGCGCCUCCGUCGGGGGCAGGCAGGGGGCUCGGGAAGCGUCUGGACUUCGCAGGCUUUUCCUCUUCGCUCGGUGGCUGGCCAGAUGCAGUACUGGCCAUUUUCUGCUUCCGAUCUUUACAAUUGGAAAACCCAUAACCCCUCUUUCUCUCAGGACCCCCAGGCUCUGACUGGGCUGAUCGAGUCAAUUUUAUUGACUCAUCAGCCCACCUGGGAUGAUUGUCAGCAGCUUCUGCAGACCCUCCUCACUACUGAGGAAAAGCAGCGUGUCUACCUUGAGGCACGGAAAAACGUCCCUGGAGCAGAUGGCCGACCGACCCUACUGCCAAACGAAAUCGAGGAGGCGUUUCCCUCAACCCGUCCUGAUUGGGACUACACCACCGUUGCUGGUAGGGAGCGACUUCGUCUUUACCGCCAGAUUCUCCUUGCGGGUCUCAGAGGGGCUGGAAAGCGCCCCACCAAUUUGGCCAAGGUACAUGCAGUAGUACAGGGGGCUGAGGAAACGCCGGCAGGCUUCCUAGAAAGAUUAAUGGAAGCCUACCGUAUGUACACCCCGUUUGACCCCCUGGCAGAGGACCGGCAGGGAGAUGUAAUCAUGUCCUUUAUAGGACAGUCAGCGCCGGACAUCCGCAAUAAAUUGCAGCGGCUAGAGGGGCUUCAGGGGUAUACUAUACAAGAUUUAAUGGCCAAUCCACCUCCCAAAGCCAAUGCACCACUGAAGCCCAACACUGCAUCAGGUUUCACUUUGAUACGGCCAAGUGGAGAGGCAUCCGUGCACCCAGCACUUCCCACAAGGCAAAAAUCUCAUAGAGCCACUUUGCAGAUCCACCUCCUCUAA